AUGGACCAGGGUCUAGAACUUCAGCCUCUUGUCAGCAUCAACACGGAUUCGAGCUUCUACGAUAUCGCCUGGGGACCCCUGACGAAGAUCACCCCAGAGUGGACCCGUCAAGGCGCUGCAGUUCAACCCCUGAAGCCCAACAUUCUCGCAACUGCUGGCGCAAAAGGCGAAAUUUUUGUCUUUGACGUCAAUGACCCGUCUACUCCCUUCCGCCUCGGUACCGCCGCGGCCCGUGCAGACGAUAUUGAGUGCUUGGCCUGGAAUAGGAAGGUGUCGCACAUUCUUGCUACCGGAGGGGCCGGUGGUUUUGUGACUGUGUGGGAUCUGAAGACGAAGAAGCCCUCGCUCACUCUGAACAACAACCGUAAGGCCGUGAGUGCUAUUGCGUGGGACCCCAACAACUCGACGAAGCUCUUGACCUCCACCCCUGAUGAUAGCACGCCCGUCAUUUUCCUCUGGGACCUUCGCAACUCCAACGCCCCCGAGCGUGUCCUCCAAGGACACGAACAAGGUGUACUCUCUCUCUCGUGGUGUCAGCAGGACAGCACUAUCCUUCUCUCUUGCGGCAAGGAUAAUAAGGCUAUUGUUUGGAACCCUCAGACCGGCGAACGUUAUGGCGAGUUCCCCGAGGUCACCAACUGGACCUUCUCAACUAGGUUCAACCCGCACAACCCUAACCUCGUUGCCACCGCUAGUUUCGACGGGAAGAUCACAAUCCAGACAUUGCAAAACACGAACCCAUCCACCUCGCAAGCUGCAGCGCAAAACUCUCUGGAUGGAGAGGACUUCUUUACUAGUGCGCAGACCCAACCCCAGGACAACUUCUUCUCACUACCCAAGGCACCUAAGUGGGCUGAGCGCCCCAUCGGCGCUUCCUUCGGUUUUGGCGGUAAACUUUUUUCUGCGGACUCCGAAGUGAGCGAUGCAAGUGCCAAGUUUGAAGAGACCCUGAACUCGGGUGACCUCACAACUAUCUUUGAGUCGAGGAUCGAUGAAGCUGGGACGGACUCAGAGAAGGCCGACUGGAAGGCUAUGCAAACCUUGGCGACUGAGAAUGCCCGGCAGAAGAUUGUUGAGCAGCUCGGCUUCAAGUCGGAAGAGGUCACUAAUGGUGUAUCUACCAAGUCGGCAGAGAAGACUGAUGAGGGUGCCCCUGAUGCCGAAGGCGAAACCGAGGGCGAUGACGACUUCUUCUCCAAGGGAGCGGCGGAUAAUGGUCCCUUCCAAAUUCUUGGAGAUGAGGACAGCGAGGUAGAUCAGGAAAUUACCAAAGCUGUUAUGCUUGGCAACUUUGCCAAGGCUGCCGACCUCUGCCUCAAAGAAGACCGGAUGGCCGAUGCGUUCUUGAUUGCUAAUUGUGGUGGUCAGGAUCUUGUUGACAAGGUCCAGACAGCCUAUAUCGCAAGCAAGAAGGGCGCCCCUAGCUAUGUUCGGCUUUUAGGCUCAGUCAUCACCAAGGACCUCUGGGAUGUCGUCAACAACGCCGAUCUCUCCAACUGGAAGGAGGCCAUGGCUGUCCUCUGCACGUUUUCUAGCCCCGAUGACUUCCCCAACCUCUGUGAAGCCCUCGGUGACCGCAUCGUGGGCCAGGGAGCCAGGGAGGAUGCCUCGUUCUGCUACCUUGUUGGAUCCAAGCUCGACAAGGUGGUUCCGAUUUGGGUCUCUGUGUUAGAGGAAGCGGAAAAGGCUGGUCUUGGUGAAUCAAAGGGCGGAUCCUCAUUCUCGGUCCAUGCAAAAACCCUCCAGGACUUCAUCGAAAAGGUCACUGUGUUCCGUCACGUGUCCAAGUUCCAGGACAAGGAUACCGGUGCCACGUCUGAGUGGAAGCUAGCUGCGUUGUAUGACAAGUACAUCGAGUAUGCAGACAUUGUUGCCGCCCACGGGCAGCUCACCACGGCGCAGAAGUAUCUUGAUCUUCUGCCCGCGGAGUAUCCUGCGGCGGAGAUUGCGAGGAACCGCGUCCGUCUUGCAACCAAGAAGGCGGCUCCCCAACCUGCAGCGAAGCAGGCUACUAGUCGCGCGCCAUCUAGAGUGCAGCCGGCUUUCGGAUACCAACCGCCUCAGCCUAUGCAGCCCGCUAACCCUGUAGCCCCCGACUGCUGCUGCCAAUCCCUAUGCUCCCCCAGCGCAACAACGCCAUACGCACCUCAGGCUGCGGCGUCUCCGUAUGCCCCCAGAACGUGGCGUCUCCGUAUGCCCCGCCUGCUCCGGCCGGAUAUCAACCUCCGGCCGCGCAGCCAGCCUUUGGCGCACCCGUUGGUUACGGACCGCCUCCCACCAAUUUUGGGGCUCCCCGCGGAACACCACUCCUUCGAGACCCCCGCCACCCCAAAACAAGGCGUUGCUCCCGUUACUGCUCCUUUUGGCGCACAGGCUGGUCUUCCAGGACCCCCGCAGGCAGGAGGCUCGUUUAGCCGUACUGGGGCCACUCCUCCUCCGCCACCACCCAAGGCGUCCGGUCCCCCUCGUGUUACCUCCCCUCUAGCUGCGGCUGUUCCAUUCGGCCAACAGCCACCGCGCCCGCCUUCGACGGCGGCCAAUACCUAUGCGCCACCACCUCCCCAGGCAGGCGCUCUUCCUACGCCGAACCAGCCCAUUGUUCCGAGGGUCUCGUCGCCUUAUAGUGUUUCUCCAGCCGGGCCGCCACCCUCUAACAAGUAUGCGCCUGCGCCAGCGCCGAGCCCUCCCAAGAAUCCGUACGCCCCGGCCGGCUUCUCUGCUCCGCCGGAGCAGCAGACCCGACCUCCUGUAGGGCCUCCUCCCUCCUCGCGACCUCCUGUGGGCCCUCCCCCAUCCUCUGGUCCCCCACAUGCCGCGCGACCUCCUCCUGCCGCUCAAACUCCUCCACCGGCUGCCGCGCCACCCAGGGCCAGGCACCCUCCCGGCGAUAGGUCACACAUUCCCGCCAAUGCCCAGAGAUUGGUAGACAUUCUCACUCGUGACAUGCAACGUGUGGCGGCACGGGCUCCCGCAAACUUUGCUCCACAGGUGAAGGACACCCAAAAGCGUCUAGGGCUGCUCUUUGACCACCUCAACAACGACGAGCUCGUGAAGCAGGACACAAUUGAACAACUCUCGGAGCUCGCAGGAGCGAUCGAGUCGAGGAGCUAUGACGCCGCCUCGAGCAUUCAGGUCAACAUUCAAACUACCAAGACUGAGGAAUGUGGAAACUGGAUGGUUGGUAUCAAGCGACUUAUUAUGAUGAGCAAGAAUACACCGGAAUGA